AUGGCCCUGAAGCUUUCUCGCCUUGGAAACAUCAACAAUGCAUACUUCAAGAAGAUUAUGGCACCGUUCAGCAUAUAUCGCCGCGCCCUGAAGGGUAGCUGUCUCAGGCACUACCGCGCCGUGCCAAAGAUCGUCGAUGGAAAUUUCCUUCUGCAGAAGCAAUGGAAAUUUCAGAGCAUCUUCGAUAGCCGCGGUUGCGAGUAUCCCUGGAACAAGGAAAUGUUUACCAUCAACAAGCAACUGGAGGGAAUUCCGCUCGUCUGCCCACACUUGGGCAUUGCGCACAGUUUGAAUGAGAGACAAUAUCUUGAUUGGGAACGACCAAGUCAUUUAUGCGAACCUGAAUUCGAGAACGACUUCCGGUCUGCUAUCAGCUAUAUAGGGCACGGCUUCAGCAACAGUUGCUAUAAGUGCGCAGUGGAGUACGCAAUAUGGUGUCCUAAUCAGUAUACGGUAGUUAUUCGCUCUUGGUACGUUGAGGAUAACCUGUGGUUAGAAGACCGUAAUCACUGCAGAUAUAGGAAGCCCUCCAUCAGGAGGCUAUACAACAAAUAA